AGUGGUCAUGUUAGUCCUCUUACGGCUACCGUACUUCCUGUUGCUAGGGGUUGCGGUUUGGGCGAUUUUGUGAAUACUGUGAAUUAAACAUUCACUCAGCAUAAUAAUAUUUUGAUAUUGUAAAUAAUAUGAAAGUGAAAGAGAGAGCUACAGGAAAAGCUGAGUGUUUAUAAAGUGUUCCGAGAGGCCUGGAGAGCGGCGGGGAUGCGACUUCGCGAUGGGAAACAUUUUCGGCAGAAAGAGACGAACUCGAGUCACGGAGCAGGACCGAGCCGUGCUGCAAUUAAAGCAGCAGAGAGAUAAACUGAAGCAGUACCAGAAGAGAAUCAACCUGCAUCUGGAGAAGGAGAGACUGCUGGCACGGCAGCUGUUGCGAGAUGGAAAGAAACCGAAAGCCCUGCUGCUACUUAAAAAGAAGAGAUACCAGGAACAGCUUCUGGAUAAAACAGAAAACCAGAUCAGCAAUCUGGAGCGCAUGGUUCAAGACAUUGAAUUCGCCCAGAUUGAGAUGAAAGUCAUUGAAGGAUUAAAGAUCGGCAAUGACUGUCUAAAGAAGAUGCACGAGGUUAUGUCUAUUGAAGACGUGGAGAGAAUAAUGGAAGAGACACAAGAUGGAAUAGAUUAUCAGAGGCAAAUAGACGAGGUGCUGGCAGGAAGUUUAACACAGGAGGACGAGGAUGCUGUGCUGGCUGAGUUAGAAGCUCUUACUCAGGGAGAAGAGGAGGAGGAGGUGGAAGAGCUCCCGGAGGUCCCCACGGAGCCCCUCCCCAAGGUCCCAGACACAGAGCCAGGAAAGGAGAGGGUCAAAACCAAGCCUCAACAGGAGCUUUUGGCAGCUUCAUAACCAGCCUGCUUCUGUAUCCAUCUUCCCAUCGCCCUUCUGUCUCUCUCCCGGAUGUUCCUAUUACCCCAACUUGUCUUUUUCUGGGGAAAGCCAGAUUUUAUUCUAGAUUUGUUUUUAAGAACAGAAGUCUCACACUUCUGUAUUUUCUGAUUAUGAUUAUGGCUUCCCCCAUUUAGGACUUGACGGGUUUGUCUCCUUUGUGAAGGUGUUUUUAAAGCAGAUGAUAGAUUUGAGUUUCCUAGAAUGACAUCAGCCUGUGAAACAGUGUCCAUGUCACAGGUAUGCUAAUAAUGACGAUUCAGUGGGAAUGAAAAUUCAGAAAUGUAACGGGCAAAGAACAUUUAAUUAUGUUUUUAACAGCAUUGAACUCACUCAUUGUCUGCAGUUAAUUAAAAGGCAAUGGUAGUAUCUAAUCGUUGCUAACAAAUAUGUUAACGGAACUGUCAUUUAUCAUAUCAGUAAUACAGCAUGCCAUGCAACUAUGAUUAUUCUUCUCGGAGGAAGCUUUUUAUGUAACGAGAAACAACAAAGUCUGGGAAAGUCCAAGAAAGAAAUCUGUCAGCUAUGCAUUAAGCCCCCGGCCCUUCCCUCAUAAAUAACAUAUUUCAUAUUGCAUCUGCAGCAGUCCAAUUCUGUCUUCCUGGGAACAUGUUCAUAAAGCUGUGGUGCACAGGUGAAUGCAAAUUAUUUACUGCCAAGUUAAUUCUUUAGGAGUACUAACCACUUAUUUUAUUAUAACAGACUGUAUUAAAACACAAUUCUAACAAGUGCAGUAUCUCCACAGAGAACCACUAGGGGCCUCUGUUUCUAACACUCCUGGCUUUUAUGAGUCAAUAAUUGACUCUGGAGGUGAGCUCUAUGGGGAAAGAGCUCCACUGUUGCUGAUAAUUGCGUUGCCUACUUCGUGGAUGUUAAUGAUCAUAUGACAUUUGUUAAAGAAGUGCAAGUGAUAAUUAACCCACCAUGGGGACAGAGCCUCAUCCUCCCUUAAAAGGGCUAUGCUGGGUCAAUAUACUCAAAUACACGGUUGGGUUAGAUUUCGUAAGCUUUUGCUCUGGUGCAGUUUGAAUAUCGCAAACUGUUUAAAAACAUCUAUCAUAAAACAAACAAAAACUGACCUUGUAAGGUUGUCUUUUGUUUAGUUUUAUAAUACUUAGACCACUAGCUUCUAUUUCCAAUAAUUAAACCACCGUUUUAUGUAUGAUAGAUUUUUUGCUGGAUUCUGUUCUCAGUACUGAUGUAUUCUGAUGCACUCCGACUUUGUCCAGGCCAGUAAGUUAAAUUGUAGGCACAAUUAAUUGUAAAAUAAAAUAGGCAUUUAAAAAAUAAAGUAAUGGUCACUAGCUAGUGCAAAACAGAGAUGAUGUUAUGUAGCAGUUGGUUUAGCAAUCCCUUUCAAAGAAAGCACAACACGUGCAGUCGGGCACCUGCAUCUCUUAACAUGCGUCUGGGUGAAUGUGCGUUUGUAUUUUAUUAUUGUAACCCAACUUGGCUCAUGGAGGUUUCUCAUCAAUACUGUUCUUACUGAGUAUACCAUUAUCAGGUCAGGUGUAUGUUAGAAAACAGUCUAGGGGAUGUCCGUUUUUUGGUAUGCUGCAACAAUAAAAGUAUUUUUAAUUGUUUCAAACAA